UGCCCUUUUCUAUUCUCUUCGCUUCCUCUCACGCAUCCAUCGGUGAGGAGAGAGAAAGUAGAGGGAGGAAAUUCCCUAGAAAGGGUGAGAGAGCGGAGAGAAAAUACAGAGACCGAAUCGAAACUUUUCUGGAGGGAAGAGAUGAAGAACUGCGAGCUCUGCAAGGUCCCGGCUCGGACCUACUGCGAGUCGGACCAGGCGAGCCUGUGCUGGAACUGCGACGCCAAGGUCCACGGAGCCAACUUCCUCGUGGCUCGCCACUCUAGGACCCUCCUCUGCCACUCGUGCCAUUCCCAAACCCCUUGGAAAGCAUCCGGAUCCAAGCUUGGCCACACGGUCUCCGUGUGCGAGAGCUGCUUCCGUGGAACUGGAAACAAAAAAGAACAACAACAAAGCGACAAAGGCAACGAUGUUGAUCUCCUACAAGACAACGAUGAUAAUGAGGUUGAUAAUAUUUUCAAUGAUAAUGACUUUGAUGAUGAAAGUGAUGAGGAGGAGGAAGUGGAGGAGGAAGCUGAUAAUCAAGUGGUGCCACUGUCUACGACACUGCCUCCGCCUGCUACCAGCUCUUCGAGUAGCGAAGAAGUGUCGGUCACAACGCUUUCCUUAAAGCGAAUGCGUGAGAAUGGUUCAGAUCUUCGAAACCCUCGGGUUAUGCAGGACGAUCUCUGCCUUUGUUCAUAUAAACGGGGGAACGAUGCGGCAUUGACGGCUCAGGCGGGUGACGGCGACGGCGAGGCGACUUCAUUGAGGCCAUGGAAGGAUCGGGCGGUUCAGGUUGACGGCGGUGCGGCAUCUUCUUCGGCGAUGAUGGAGUCGGUGAGGAGAAUCCGUGGGCGAGAUUUAUGUGAGCAGAGCAAAGAAUCCGUAGCCGUUGAUGAGGAUCCCUCGAAUAGUGUUAGUUAGCCGUCGGAUUUGAAGUAGUCUGCGGUUACGGUAGAAAUAUUAUUUAAUCAUAAUUUAAGCCCUCUUCUAACAAGAAGAGCGGUAGUUGUUGACUAUUUAAUUUAACUUGUUCAGAUAGAUAUUAUUUGGUGGAACGGAACGGUUCACGAAGGAGGAGAUUGUGGUCGUAAUUUUUGUUGUAAGCAAUGCUAACAUAUUAGAUAAAGACGUCGUAUCAAUUUGGGAAUC